CAUAUACAACCAGCUCCUGUGUCGCUCUACGCGAAGAUGUUGCCCAAGAGGCUGGUUUAACUUAUCUAGAAGGCAGCUUUGGUCAGCUUACAGGCUAUGGUGACGGAACGGUUACCCCAGUCGGGAUGAUGACGGCAAGAAUUACAAUCGAUGGCGUAGAAGCGAGAGCCCAAAUCCACGUGGUACCGAAGAAAUGCCAAGUAAUUCCACUGAUCGUAGGUCACCCGUUUACAGAACAAGAGGACAUAGAAAUAAUUAGUAGGCCAAAUGAACUGAUUAUUAAAAAGGUUAAUCGUCCGAUCGAAGGUGUCGAGUCGGAGAGAAGUAAAACUCCAUUGUGGAGUACCGAAGAGAUGAUUAUUCCAAAUAAUUAUUUGGGAUGCAUUGCGGCGCAUACGGAGAUCAACAAUCAAGACAUUUGCAUUGAAGGAGGCGUGAGAAAUGAUGGACAGCUAAUACCGAGGUGCAUAAUAUCAACAGAUUCGGAGGGAAGGUCUCUGAUUCCCGUAUUAAAUAUUUCGGGAGCCGAUCUACACAUAAAGGAAGGGACGGCACUUUCACGUGGAGAAGUGGUAGAAGAAGGCCACGAACCAGCGGACAGAGAGGUGAACGUGGAACCCAUAAAAUUGGAUGAAGUCAACACGGAUUUACCCAAAGAAGAAGCCGAGCACGUCGUGAGUAUAUUGAAUGAUUUCAAAGAUCUAAUUGCAAGAAAUAUCCGGCAGGUCGGUCAUACAAAUAUGGCGGAGAUGAAGAUUUCACUGAUGGACGCAACUCCUAUAGCCCACCGUCCAUAUAGGGUGUCGCAGUACGAGCGACGGCAAAUAAACGACAUCGUUGCGGAACUGAAACAAGCGGACAUCAUAGAGGACAGUGAUUCCCCGUUCUCAAGUCCU